AAAAAUAUUUGAAAUAUUGCACUUAUAGUUUUUUAAAUUUUCUACAUGUGCAUAAUUUUAAUUGAGUUAAAAAAAAGUACAAAAACUGUUGAUUCCCUGUCAGUUUUAAAAUCAUAAAAAAUGAGGGAGUUAAUGAAAAAAUAAAUUAAGGAUUUAUAUAAAAUUUAUAAUAAAUACUAGACUUAUAUUUAUUACUGUUUAUUUUGUUUUAUAUAUUUAUAAAAUAUAAAUAAAAAUGUUACAUGAAUUAUUAUUAGCGUUGUGGGGUUGUCCUACAAGUUUAGAAGAAAUUGUUGAAAAUGAUAUUAUAAUACUUGAUAAAUAUUUUCAUCCUGGCGAAAGAGGGCUGAUAAAACAAAUAUUAAAAAUAGCUAAUGAUUGUAAUAAUAUAAGAAAAUUUAUAAAAACAUACUCAACAUCACAUGCUGAUCUAGAAAAUGCAAACGAACAAGAUCCAUUAAAUAGAGGAUUAUAUUUGCAAGCACUUUGUAAUGGUAUGGAUCAAGCAUUGGCGCCAUUUAGAGAUGAAAUUGUUGAGUUGGAAAAAAUGAUUUUAAAAAAUGCUCAUACUCCAGCCACCGCUAUUCUAUCUAAAGUUGAAAAUUAUCAGUUUUUAUUUAAUAUUCUCAAUAGUAUGAUUCGUAAGAUCAAGACACAAAGAAUCCAUGGAUGCUCAUUACUGCAAUGUGUCUACGAAUUAAUGAGCACGGACAUAAUUGAAGUUAAACUCGCGUUACAAAAAAUGUUGCAGUCAGUUCAUAUUAUUUUUUAUAAACAACUAACGAGCUGGCUGUUGUAUGGACACUUGGAGGAUACUUACAAAGAAUUUUUUAUCCAAAAAAAAGAAACGGCCCAAGAAAGUUUAUUGUUUGCUGACAACAAAGACAAUUCUGGUGAUAAUAAAAAUCAUAAUGACAUGUGGAAUUAUGAUAUUGCUGUCAACAUGCUGCCUUCUUAUAUAACAUUUACUCUAGCUGCUAAAAUAUUGUCGAUCGGCCAAACAAUUAUUAUUUUUGGUAAUGAUCCACGUGGAGGAAAAGAUUUUUUUGUAACGGAUAAAACCGAGUCGACAGUUUGGGGUGAGAAGGAGCAUGAGUACUUCAGAAAAUUACAAAACUUGCAAAUGAAAGCAGUUUUCAAUAUAAUCGAAUUUGAAAAUACGAUUGAUGAGUUAAAAAAAUGUGUUACCAAACUUUUGUGGCACAUUGUCGUUGAAGACGCACAGCUGCUGCAGCAGUUGAAAUACAUAAAGGAUUUCUACCUCAUUGGCAGGGGUGAUUUAUUCCUCGACUUUAUUAAAUUAACGUCUCAUAUACUCAGUAAGCCUCCGACGAAUCAUACAUCUAGAGAUUUAAAUCUCGCAUUUCGUAUGGCGGUAAGAAAAAUAAUGCUGAAUGAUGAAGGUGCUGUUGAUGAUUUUAUAUUUUCUGUACCAAUGCCCGAGACUUCGACCGAAGAUUCAAGUUCUUUAGAUUCUAGGAGCCAUGAAAAAACUCAAGAUCCUACUGAUAAACAAGGAUGGGGAAUGAUUGUUUUGCAAUACCGUGUGUCAUGGCCACUACAAUUAUUAUUUAGUCCAAAAGCAUUAAAUGAUUACAAUACAAUCUUCCGGUUUCUUUUACGAGUUAAAAAAACUCAAAUAAACCUUUGGAAUUUAUGGACUGAACAUACGUGUUCAAAAAAUAUUGAUAUCGGAGUAUUGCAACUGAGGAAUAACUUAAUAUUUAUUCUUGACAAUCUCCAAUAUUAUUUACAAGUCGACGUACUCGAAAGCCAGAACACAAUAAUGGAAAAUCGUAUGAAGAAUACAGAAAAUUUUGAAGACGUUCAAACAGCCCACUCAGUUUUUUUAGCCAACGUAUUAUCCCAAACAUUUUUAGCAAGCAGCAAUGAGAAGCAAAAAAAUACAGUAAAUAAUUUACUCCGUUUACUGCUACGUCUUUGCGACGACUUUAUCCUGCAAGUAUCCAUAUGGGAAGUUAAUAAACUCUUGAGCACAGAAAAGGAAGAAUUAAAAGCGUUAACAGACACAUUGAUGACGAUAAUGGACGUCCUGAUAAAAACACUAAACAAAGUACGCGCUCAGCCGAGUGGUGUACAUUUAGCGCAAUUGCUACUGCGUCUCGACUUCAACCGUUGGUUCAGUAUGCAAAUGUAAUCAAUGGGUACAUUGACUCACCAGAAAUACUUGAAUGCUUUGAAUUAAUCUGUCCUAAAACGGGCCUACGACCUAGCCGGCUGCUAAAUACUAUAAAAUCCUCCAAAAACUAUGUCCGUUUUGGUCCUAUCAACAGAAUAUCCAAUUCAGUCGAUGCUAUCUGCUCGGAUGUGAACUUCUUCGGCUGUCCCUACCCAUCCUUUUGAACGUCUGUCAAAAAGCUGGUACUGGACUACAACGACUAACCACGAACCCCUCUAUGGGCAAUCUCUUGUCAUCAUUAUUUAUAUAUCUAUAUUACAAUCCAUCGCUUAGAGCGUAUACCUGUUUAAUUAUUUCGCCUGUUACUUUCCUUUCAUUCUUUAUAUUAAUUGUUCAUGUACAUUGCCGAUUGGCGUUAAAUAAAUAAAUAUAUAUAAUUAUAUGCCAUACAUAUCUAAUUACAUAUAAUCCAUAUGUAAUUACAUAUAAUUAUAAGAAAUGUAUUGAAUUUGAAAGUCUGAAUUUAAAAAUUUGCUAUAAAAUACAUGCAUUCAAAAAGGCAGUCCCUUUAAUUUCUUUUUAAUCCCUGAAUAUUUUAAACUGUAAACAUGAAUAAUUAUAUGUAAUUGGACCAUUACAUUGGGCCAUUUUUCAUGUAUAAUUUUUUUUACCCGGGUGAUAAUUUAUUUGAAUUACCAAUAAAAUAAAACAAUUACUUGAGCAUUAAUAGCAGGACUAGGUUGACUCAAUAACUCUUUAAUACAUUCAACAUGUCCAGCUCUCGCUGCCCAGUACAGAGGAGUAUUACCCGCAGAAUCUAAUCCAGUCCCCGACACCCCUUGUCUCAGGCACUCUUGAAGAAAUGAUAAAUUGCCCCUUCUGGCAGCUUCAUGUAAGGGUAAUUCAACUUCCUCCGUCUGUUCUUCAACUAAAGCAUCAAAAAUACAAUUACCGAUAUUGAUAAACGUCAGGAAACAAUUAACAACAAUAUUAGUACCAUAAUUAGAGGGGAUAAGUCCAUCUUUAUCACCACAUUUAGCUUUCCACCAGUUAGCAUCAGUGUCUCGGUCAUAAACAUAAAGUAUUUCUCCUUCUUCGAAUGACAAUUCAUCAGCCUGAAUAAAAUCAAUAUGCAGUUAAUUGAUUGGUCAUGUUUACCCAAUUGAUAACAGUAAUUAAACAAUUAAAAGUAUGUAAUAUAAAGCAAUACUUCUUACAUGCUGAGCUGUGUAGUUAUACAAAGCCCUCACUACCUUCACUUUCCCUUAAAAUAUUAAUUUUAAUUAAAAAAACAAUUAAUUUUUAAAAAUUGCAAUCGUUAAAAACAAAAGUUUAUUUAUUUAAUAAAUAAAUUAAUUAAUUAA